CCUCCAUCCCAGGCCUCGGCCACCAGCACAAUGAUUCCAAUACUCCUCCCCCUCCUCCUUGUCCCCCUCGCUCUCCUCCUCCUGCCCGCGGCCUCAGCAGCCCCGCGCACCUCCUCGCACUCCGUCUUCCUGCAGCUCCGCCCCGGCCUCUGCGGCGAAGCAUGCCAGGCGGCGCUAGGCAGCGUCCAGUUCUCCGACGCCCCACCCACGCGCAACAUCUUCGAAGCGCACGCCCGCUCCAAGCUGUGGCUCGGGAGCGCGGUGCACUGCCUCGACGUGUUCUGCGAGUCUCCGGGCGACAUUGGCGAGGGCUACGCCGCUGUCCGCACCGCGCUGGAACGGUUCGGCGGCGUCGAUGUUGGCCCUGCCGAGCUGUGGCGCAACGACACGAUGCGCGACGAGGCGCUCAUUGUCGACACGCUGGUGUCUGAUCCGCGGGUCGUGUACGACGUCGGCGUGCGGCCCGCGCUGCAUGCUUACAAUGUCGCAUAUGACACUCUCUACACCUGGGACCUGAACCAAGCUUUCCACCACGGCUUCGGCGAGUUCCUCUACCUCCUGCUCCUCGUCCUCAUCGCGCAGGGCCUCGUCUCGCGCCUUGCCCGACACACGCGCAGCGGCAAGCGCCCGGCCGACGUCGAAGGGGAGUCCAAGCCGCUUUUGGGCGCCAGCGGCCGAAGCGCCAGCCUUGGCAGCCGCUUUGUGACUUGGUACCGGCGCACCAUCGACACGCCGGCCCUGUUCGGAUACACGCACGUCGCGCCCGCCGGCAGCGGGUGGCUCAGCAUACCUACCCGCCUCGAGGCGGCCGUCGUCGCCGUGUACGUCGGCUUCAACGUCGUCUUCACGUUCGUCGGGUACACUAUCACUGCGGAGAGCAUCUUCUGGCCUGGUCGCAAGGACAUCGAGCUCAUCCGCUAUGUCGCGGACCGCACGGGCAUCAUGUGUUUCUGGAACUUGCCGCUGCUCUGGGCUUUGGCAGGGCGGAACAACGUCGUGCUGUGGCUCACGACGUGGUCGUACUGUGCGUUGCCUCCUCCUUCUUUGUCGCAUACCGCACCCACUCACGCCCCAGCCUCGCUCAACCUCUUCCACCGCUGGGUCGCCCGCGUCGCGACCCUCCAAGCAGUCAUCCAUUCCCUAGCGUACCUCUACCUCGGCCUCGAGCGGGGCCAGAGCCUGCAGUCCCUCUGGUCACGGCAAUACUGGGCCAUGGGGGUCAUCGCGACGUUCGCCAUGGUGCUCCUCCUGCCGCUGUCCGUCCGACCGCUCCGCGAACGCGCAUACGAGCUGUUUCUCCAGCUGCAUAUCUGGCUGGCGUUCGCGACGCUCGUCCUGCUGUUCUAUCACGUCAAGGUCAUGCGCGGCGCGUACGACGGGUGGCUGUGGGCCUGUCUUGGCUUGUGGGCGUUCGACCGCGGGCUGCGGUAUGCGCGCGUCGCCGCGCUGGCAUGGAGCGCGCCGCGGGGGAACAACACGCUCGCGCUCGCCACGGGCGAGGAGCACGGCCUGUUGCGGCUGUCCGUUGAGGUUGCAGCCUGCACCCCCGCCCCGGGCGCAUACUACUUCCUCUAUACGCCGCGCUCCCUCACGCCGUGGGAGAACCACCCGAUGACGCUUGCGAGCGCCGAGCCGUCCCCAGGCGGAAAGGGCACGACGCUGCACUUCCUCAUCGCGCCGCAAGCUGGCGCGACGAAGCGGAUUGCCGACGAGGUGGCCGCCGCAGGGGGCAAGACGCACAUGCGCGUGCUCGUCGAAGGGCCGUACGGCGAGCACCACGACGUGUCAGCGUUCGACCGCGUGCUCCUCAUCGCUGGCGGGUCGGGCGUGACCGCUGUGCUGCCGUACGCCGCCGAGCAGCGCGACAAGGCCGACGUGGCGUGGAUCGUACCCAACGCGGCGUACGCGCGCGACGUGUGCUCUCGCGAACUGGCGGGCAGCGCCAGCGCGCAUGUGUACGUCACGCGCCAAGCGGGUGUGUCUGCCGCCGACGUGUGGGGCAUCGAGGAGGUCGAAAGCAGCGAAGACGACGACGAGGAGAUGAGCCAGCUCGGCGAGGACGAGCGGUCGUCGCUCCUCCGCAAGAUUCCGGCAUCACGCCCCAAGCUGCUCGCGUCGAGCGGCCGCCCACCCAUGCGCGACGUGCUGGCACAGGCCGUGUCCAAGCUCGUCGGCGGCGAACGGCUCGCUGUGCUUGCCUGCGGCCCGCCAGUCAUGAUGGACGACUUGCGGCUCGCCGUGUCCGAGGCAUACGGACAUGGGCUGGGUCAGCUGAGCGGUGACCGGCUCGUGUAUUUCGAGGACGCGUUUGGGUGGUAG